AACGAAACAUGGCUCCUCUGACUCCUAGACUGGUAGUGCCCAUAGACGUGAAGAAGCAGCCAUGGGAGCAGAAGGUUCCUCUCCACAACCGCUGGCAUCCAGACAUCCCUCCCGUUGCUGAUGUAACCGAAGGGGAACUGUUCCGGGUCGAGAUGGUAGACUGGACUGGAGGGAGGGUUAGAGACGAUAACUCUGCAGACGACAUCAAAUCCCUGGACCUCACAAUCACUCAUUAUCUUAGUGGGCCCCUAAGAAUCGUUGAUUCCGAAGGGGUUCCGGCUUCACCAGGCGAUCUUCUCGCGGUGGAAAUCUGCAACCUUGGCCCGCUUCCUGGCGACGAGUGGGGCUACACUGCGAUAUUUGAGAGAGAGAACGGAGGUGGGUUCCUAACUGACCACUUCCCUACUGCGAGGAAGGCCAUCUGGUAUUUCGAAGGAAUCUAUGCGUACUCCCCUCAGAUACCAGGUGUUCGUUUCCCAGGAUUAACCCAUCCUGGUAUUGUGGGAACUGCACCGUCAGCCGAACUUCUUAAUAUAUGGAACGAGAGGGAGAAAAGAUUGGCCGAGACAAGCCCACAGACCCUUAAACUGUGUGAAGUGCUACACCAGAGGCCCCUUGCCAAUUUACCGACCCCUGAGAACUGCUUACUUGGAAAGAUUCAGGAGGGGACUGCUGGAUGGCACAAAGUGGCGAAUGAAGCAGCCAGGACUAUUCCGGGAAGGGAGAAUGGCGGUAAUUGUGACAUAAAAAACUUAAGCAGAGGUUCCAAAGUUUAUCUGCCAGUAUUUGUCGAAGGAGCGAAUCUUAGCACCGGUGAUAUGCACUUCUCCCAGGGCGAUGGUGAAGUUUCGUUUUGUGGAGCAAUUGAAAUGAGUGGAUUCCUUGAGCUCAAGUGCGAGAUCAUAAGAGGCGGGAUGAAGGAAUACUUGACCCCAGUUGGUCCGACACCGCUACACGUGAACCCUAUCUUUGAGAUCGGUCCUGUCGAGCCACGCUUCUCGGAGUGGCUAGUGUUUGAGGGCAUAAGCGUGGAUGAAUCUGGGAAGCAGCAUUUCCUUGAUGCGUCAGUUGCUUACAAGCGCGCAGUCCUGAACGCCAUUGAGUACAUUGCUAGAUUUGGGUACUCAAAGGAGCAGGUGUAUCUCUUACUAUCAUGCUGUCCCUGUGAGGGUAGGAUCUCUGGAAUAGUUGACUCUCCUAAUGCAGUGGCAACUAUUGCCAUCCCUACAGCAAUAUUUGAUCAGGAUAUAAAGCCAAAACACCUGAGAGGAAGACCGGGACCAAAGUUGAUAAGGCUUCCAGAUCUCCUGAGCUGUUCAAACAAUGGGCAUAUUCCUGUCACCCAAGACCAAAGUGGUACAAGGGCGUCCUAGGGGCGUAUAUGAUCUGGAAGCUGAUGCCGUAUCCUUCUACUUAUACACACAAAUAAUCGUGUUGGUGUUUCCAACAAUGUAUGAGGAUAGAGACACCUGAGUGGUGCCAUAUUUUCAGUGCCUGUAUUGCUACAAAGUUGUUCAUUAAUUUCACUCUAUAGAAAAUUUCUUAUUUGGGGUCGAGUAUGUAACUAGCAGUGAAGUGAGGAUGAGAUAAUAUGAAAGAACCAGGCAGCUGGUAGUGGCUGGAGCG